AUGGCCAACAUUCCCAUAGAUAUAUUAGAAUCAGAAAUACUCAUUAGAUUACCAAUUGAAUCACUAUGUCGAUUUAAGUCUCCUCGCGCAUUGGACUUGGCAUCUUCUGACUCUUCUACCGUCAAACUCCCUUGUUAUGUCGAAAUAUCUAAUGGUAUAAUCGUCGGCGAUAACUACACUUGGAUAGGAUGCUGUAACGGCUUACAUUGUGUUGCAAAGAGCGAGACUGCAAGUUAUGUAGUGUUCAAUCCAAUUACUGGAAGUUACAAUGAAAUAUCCUUACCUAAAAUAAUUGGCCGAGGCUGGCAAACAACAAUAAUCUCUGGAUUUGGGUACGACGAUGUAAAUGAUGAUUACAAGCUUGUCAUGUUCAAACCAGUUUACGAUACAGAUUCCUAUUACUGGCAAAUAUACGUUUACAGCUUGAAUGCCAAUUCUUGGAGAUACACCGGCGUUAAACCGGCUGUUGUUAUUGACAACCAUCUAUUACACCUGACUUUCUCUUAUGAAAACAUGACCGGGAUUGGUUGUUUUGAUAUUCGCACUGAACAAUGGAGCGUACUAAAGGUACCUGACUCCAUCAAACCUGAUGUCUAUCGAUACAUACCCAAGUUUGGAAUUUUCGAUGGUUGCUUGUAUUUACUCACCACUCUUGAUAUAAGAGUGAACUAUGGGUCAUGA